AUGUCUGAUUCCAACCCACUAUCAAAUAUAAAAGGAGAAAUCAAUCGUCUUGGGUUUGUUUCAGGCGAAAAAAUAAGUUUACUCUCUCACUUUGCCGAAAAUGCGGAAAAAAUUGCUGUUGCAGUAUCCUGUCUUGAUGAUUUUGAUACAGAUGAAGAUAAACGUAGUUAUUUGAGGUCUCUAAUCUCUCCACCUAGCAGAGAACAAGAAUUAAAGAGACGUUUUGAUGAGAUUAGUUUCAAAAUUGACGAGAUGAAUCGUGAAUUUAAGAGGGAAUUGAAGAGGAUACGUUUUACUGCGGAUGCAUGGUACAGUGCUAUAGGUACUCAUACAAAAACCAAAAAGGGUAAAUUUGUGAAAGAAAGAGGUGUUGAAAUUCUGUUUCCGCUUGGUUUGACCGAAAGUUUAAAAUCAAAGUCACCUGGAAAGUUUUUACAACCGCCUAAUAUGGACAAAGAUACCCGUUUUUCACCAUUGCUGGAUACAGAUUUUGUAUUCAUUCCGAGCGAUUAUCCUUUGGAUCCGUUAAGUGUUAUAGCCAUUGGUGAGAUCAAGAAGCGAGUUAGUGGAAGUUUUAGCAAUGCAGAUAUAGGACAUGUAAUAUCAUUUGGAGAAAAAAUACUCCAACUUCAGCCACGACGAAGCUACGUGUAUGUAGUGUUGACAGAUUGUAUCAUCAUCAACAUAUAUAGGGUGAACAGAAAUGAAAACCACUCGGAAGAAUACACCCAGUUCACAUAUAACUACAUAAAAAGUGAAUAUUUAACAUACAACACGCAAGCUAGUCUAACACACAACACACGAGCUAGUCUAACACACGACACGCAAGCUAGUCCUUCGAGAGGGUGGAGAUACCUGGUAACAAUAAUCGAAAGCUCUCCAGAAAGACUGGGAUGGGUUGAACCAUCAUUGAAAUUUGGCGAAGAAACUGUAAAACUGGUUCGAUCUAUUGGUGUAGGCAAAACUAGUGUUGUGUAUGAAGGAAUAUACAAAGACAUAUCUGUGGCUGUGAAAAUGAUAAAAAAGGCAAAUUAUUUGUCUUGCGUUGAAAGAGAAAGAGCUGUAUUGGAGGAACUUUCGGAGUUGGGUUCACCUCAUAUCCCCAAAAUUCUUUUUUACGAUGAGAAUACUCUUGUCAUGACUCCUCUUGGUGUAAAAGUUAAUAAUUUACGAAAAACAGAUAUCAAGAAUAUAAUCACCACCCUCAAACAUGUGCAUUCAUACGAAUAUGUACAUAGGGACCUUCGGAAAUAUAAUUUUCUUCGUAAUUUAGAUGAUUCAAAGGAAUCUAUUUUAAUUAUUGACUGGGGAUUUAGCACAAAGAAUCGCGAAGACACCGCAUUUGCAGGAGCACUUGAAUGCAUGCCGGAUGAAGUCCUGGAAUCACUAACUAAUGAGGAAGAUAUUGUUUAUGGGCCAAAAGUUGACUUGAUAUGUUUUGUGCGAUCAUUCUAUUUGAUGCUACACAAACCAUCAAUGGAAAGAGUUGCCUUUGACAGAGAUGGUGACAUUAGGAAACUUGCACAGAUGAUGUUAAAUUUUUGGAAAGAUCGUAGUAAGUCAGACGUGUGGGAUAACAUUUAUCAAGCAAUAGAGGGCUUGGAUUAUGACAAAUUAAUUCAAGAGCUCGAAAGAUUUUUUUGA